AUGGCUGCUGCCGCCGUCGCCGCCGCCGCCGCCGCCGCCGCCGCCGCCUGCCCGGGCCGCGCUCCUUCCCGCAGUCGCGGCGGCUCCCCCGUCCAGUCCGGCCGAUCGCGCCCCGCCGGCCCCGGCGACGAGCAAAGUUUGCCGCGGGAGGCCGCUCGGCCCCGCGCUCCCGGCCGACUCCCGGGAGGAGGCGGAGGCCGAGGUGCGCGCGGGAGGCCGGCGGGGCACGGGCCGCGCCGCCGCCGGGAGGAAGUUGGCCGCGGCGGCCCGGCCGAGCUAGGCCUGAGCCCGGCUGGUAGUGAUGGAGGGGGAGGAGGCCCGCCGGGCUGCGGCGCCGCCGCCCCGGCCCCGCACCGCGCCCGCCGGGCCCGCACCCUCACCUCACGGCCACCACCAUGUUCCCCGCCCGGCCGCCACCGCCCGUCCCCGCGCCGCCCGCCCGCCCGCCGCGGCGCACUAGUUACCGUGCCCCGCGCCCCCUCCCGGGCCGGCUGGGGGGAGGGGGUGACCCUCAUUACACUGGGGCGCGAGCGCAGAGGCGGGGAGAGCGCGGGGCCGCUCCCGCACCCCCCUCCCCCCGCGUCUCUCUUCUGGGGCGAAGGCAGCGAGCGCGACCUGCCCCGGCCAGUGCCGCUGCCGCCGCCUCCACCUCCUCACACCCCCACCGCGCGCGCCCCCGCGGCGGCGCGUGCGACCGAGCGCCUCGCGCCGGCCCGCGUGCGACUGGGCCCCGGCGGCCCCGGGCCUACGGGCAGACCGGCCGCCCGGGCGGGGCCUGAGGCCGACUCCCCCGGGGUCUCGCGCGCCUCCCCUGAGGGUCGGGGCCUGCGGGCGUCGUGGGUGGCACUCGCAUCCCCUCACCUACCUGGGGGCACCGCCCCGGCCCGGGCUACGGCGGACCCCGAUAGCCUGCUCGCCUGGGCCCCGGGGCCCGCCGGCACCUGGCCCGGCCGAGGCCUGUCCGCCAGCCCCGCUCGGGCCCGCGUCAGCCCGGCCUCCAUCUUAGGUUACAGCCCGGGCUCCCCAUCCACUGGGCACCUGCCCUCAGCCCGCUCGGCUCGGCCCGAGGCCAGGGCCGCCCACUCCCGCCCGUGGGGCUCACCUGGGCGCUGGGGCUGGGGGCUUCGAGGCCUCGGGCCCCGAGCAGGCGGGCCGCAGGUGAAGCCCUUGGCCCGGCCGCACCCCAAACCCACGGCACCACCACCACAGACCCAGCUGAGCAGAAACAAAAUGGAGGCACAGCUCGGGUCUGCCUCCCCGAGCCGAGCUCGGCCGCCCCGGGGCUCCCUCCGGCCGCAGGCCCGACGCCCGCCAAGCAGGAGGCCGGCUCGUCCGGGCGCCGCGGGCCGCCGCCACAGCGCAGCGCACACAGGCAACGCGGGGCGAGCAGCCACCCGGAGCCGGGUCGGGUCGGGUUACCAGCCCGGGCGCUGGCCGGCCGCCGGGCCCGGUCCGGAGGAGGAGGCCGGGAGACCCCCGCGGCCCCUGACAGGGCGCCCGCACCUCGGCCUGCCGCCCCCGCCCCGCGAGGCCGCCUUCCCUGCCCGGCCCGGCCCGGCCCGGCCCGGCCUGGCCUGGCGGGACGAGGCUCCCUGCGCACCCCGGGGUCCUCGGGCCUCGCAGCCUCGGGCGGGGCGGGGGAGGGGUCCGCUGAACCCUGCACCGCCCCCCGCGCCCCGCCGGGUCGGGCCUGGCACGGGGCGCCGGGGCGCGGGCCGGGGCCCCCCGAGGGGCCGCGCCUCGCACGGCGGACGCCGCAGUUCUCCGCACCCAGGCAGACGGCCCUCUCGUGCCACCCGCGCAGGCCGCGGGCUCCGCAGCCGGGCUGCCCGGGGGGCGCGCGCCUCGCCCCGCGGGCCGGGCACCGAGACCCCGGCGGGGCGGAGGGCAGCGGCGGCCGAGGCGCGUGAGCCGGCCCAGCCCGCUGGCCUCACCCGGGCCAGGGGCGCCCUGCUGCUCGGCGAGCGCUCGGGGGCACCUCGAGGCCUGCGCCCGGGUGGCGGGGCCGCCAGCACCGGCCUAGCGCGGCCGCGGCGCGUCUGCUGA